AUGGGGAUUUUCAUUAAUUGUUCAAUAGUCUAGGUUCAUUUUCUCUACUCAUUCCAUCUUUUGAUUAAUAAUCAGCCCCUCCAGAAGACUUCUCUCACUCUCUUUUUCUCCUCCAUUUAUUUCAACAAAAUACCAGCUUGAUCACAUAUCUCAGAACUCAAUCCUAAUUCUGUUUAUGAUCACUAGUACGUAGCUCAAUUCACACAAUGGGUUAUGAGGAUGUCUAUAAUAUUAACACAGGCCUUAGUCUUGGCUUAGGCCUUCUUGACAAGCCAGAGAUUGAAUUUGAUCAACCUCACCAUCAUCAAGGGAAGAAGAACCUAUCUUUGAAAUUCGAUCACUUCCCAUUUCUCACCUUAGGCUUACCAUGUGAAAAAGCUAUACAGAUUGAAGCCACCAAAGUGGAUGGUGUAUCACGUACUGUUGUGUAUCGGCAGGCCUCUUCGCUGAGUGAAGUAUCAUCAUAUUCUAACUCUAGUACUGUGAAGGAGAGAGAACUUAGCCAAGAAGAUAGAGAAACAGAGAAAGUACUCUCUUCAAGGGCAAGUGAAGAUAUUCAAGAUGAUCAAGAGGGUUGUGCAAGGAAGAAACUUAGACUUACCAAAGAGCAGUCUAAUAUUUUAGAAGACGGCUUCAAAAAACAUAGCAGUCUCAAUCAUAAGCAAAAACAGGCCUUAGCAAAAAAUCUGAAUCUACGGCCACGACAAGUAGAAGUUUGGUUCCAGAACAGGAGAGCCAGGACUAAGCUAAAGCAAACUGAAGUGGACUGUGAGUUAUUGAAGAAGUGUUGUGAGGCACUAACAGAUGAGAACAGAAGACUACAAAAGGAGCUGCAAGAGCUGAGAAGGCUGAAACUAAGCGUGCCGUGCUAUAUGCAACUGCCGGCAGCCAUGCUCACAAUGUGCCCCCAGUGUGAGAGGAUUGGUGGUGGUGGUGGUGGUGGUGAAAACUCUUCAAAAACUCCUUUCCCAAUUGGGACAAGGUCUCAUUUCUAUAAUCCCUUCAACCAUCCAUCUGCAGCUUGCUAGGCACUACUCAGCUCACUUUGUCACUUUUUAUUAAUCUAAAAAACUUAAACGGUUAGAGAUGGUGUAAUUUAAACACUUAUAUCAAUUUAACACUGCUUUGUUAAAUUUUAUUUUAUUUUAUUUAUUUAUUUUUUUUUCUGAAUGGGGUGUUUUUUUUUUAUAAAUAUUCAAAAUAAUACAAUUACAAUAGUAGACUAAUCUCCAAAACCUGAAAAAGGAAUUGACAUUCCAAUACCAGCAAGCAUCCUAUCUCAAAAGAAGAACAUUACAAACCAAAUACAAUCAAAAGAU